AUGCCAUCAUUGGCUGAGCAAACUUUCAGCAUCUAUGAGCUUGCCGAGCAUAUGAUUCUGCAGCUGAAUAAUCCUGUGGAAAUCAUUCGCGCCCAGCGCGUUUGCCGAAACUGGAGAGAUGUUAUCCAAACAUCCCCGGCGCUCCAGGAGGCCUGUUGGUAUCAAUCCUCCAAUACCAGGGAUGCUCAAACGCGGCCAGUCUCCGGUGAACAAAAAUGGAAACUGAAUCCUGCUUUCAACCGAAUAGGCGUCUCAAUUUCCAAAGAUACAGGAACAGAUGGAGAGCCAAUAGACGGGCUUCAAGAAAAGGGGGAUUUUAGCUUGGAGGAAGGCAUCUACGACAGACCUGGAUCAUGGACGACAAUGCUGGCCACGCAGCCUCCCUGCCAGCGAAUGAUGGUCGAAUGCUACGGCGACUAUUCCGAUGACGAGACAAUGUUCUAUCUACUUGUAUCUAUGACAGGCUGUCUCUUAAUGGGCGACAUCAUGGCUGUUCUAGCAGAAUGCCAGAAUCGACAGCAAUGCGGCUUAGAUCGCUGGGGUGGAGUACUCCACGAUACAGGCCGGUUAGUCCGAUGGGAAGAGAGUCAUUGGGAUACCUAUCACUGGGUAGCUCUUGACAACAUGCCGGAUAAUGUUUCAAUUAAAGUUGCAGUCGAGCUGCCUUGGGGAGCAGGGGGGUAUCCUGCAUUUUCUCUUCGGCGCCUCUACGGCAGCGAACACUUUCUGCAUGAAAUGAUCCUGCAUAAGAUGAUAACAGAGCUAGGGGAGGAAUAUCAGUGGGAAUAUGGUUUGAUUGACCCUGUGUGCAAGAAAAAAUAUAAGGCAAACCUAUUGGUUGUAAGGGAGCAUCAGGAGGGAUAUCUGUCAGUUUGCAGCAAUAUCUUCCGCUUACUAUCUGACAUGAAAUAA